GCCGGCGCGCGCUGACCACCCGGAGCUUGGCUCGAGGGCACGUGCAGCCCGGUUGCUAGGCGACCGCCAAACGGUCACCUCAGGGGGGCCAGGCCGGGAGGAGGACCCCCUCCUCUCCUCUCCUCUCCUCUCUGUGGGACCAUGGCUACGUUUCAAGGCGUGGGCCCCGAACUCAGGGCCUACUUCAAGAAACACUCCAUCCCUGACAUCUAUGAGGCCCUACUAUCUGGUUUAUUAAUUAUGUGCCCAGAUGAUCCACUCAAAUUUUUAGAAGAAAAGAUCAAAGAAAUGAUGGAGAAAGGAGUAUAUAGUAUUUUAUGGAAUAUGUGUAUUGACCCAGAGUUAAGCCUGAAGCUAAAAGUGAUUUCAGAAACAUACUUACAUACUCUUUUGGGACUUGAUGAUGAUCAGCUGAUGACUACAGAGUUAUGUGAUAAAGCAUGGGACUUUUAUAGCAUUAACUUAAAAAGAAUGUGCUUUGAUGCAUGGAUAAAGUAUUGUGCUAUGAAAAAAGUUGGAAGAGAAGUCUUGCAGAGAAAGUUUUCUGCUGCAAAACGCUUUCAUGAAAUCAAACUUUUAAAAACAGCUCUUAAAAAAUGGAAUACUCGAGUGAAUGUUCGCAAAAAACAGCGUGAACCUGAUCUCCAAUAUAAAUGUGUUGUAGGGUUUUCCUUAUCGGUUGUUUUUAAUAGCAGUAUAUCUUUUUUAAAGAUUAAUUUCUCUGCAGCAAAAGAAGUAGUGAAAGAUAAUAUAGCUGGAAAUAUUUUACUGAAAUGGCGCACGAAUGUGGUGCAUUUGAAUCUUCGUGGUUGUUCUACUCUUCAGUGGCAUACUUUUAAAAAUAUUGCUCAGUGUUCAAAUCUGCAAGAGUUAAACGUCUCUGAAUGUCAAGGUUUAAAUGAUGAAUUAAUGAGACUUGUAUCAGAAGGUUGUCCAGCUCUCCUUUACCUUAAUUUGUCACACACUGAUAUUACAAAUGGGACACUAAGACUUCUACCAAGGGGCUUUCCCAACUUACAUUACUUAAGUUUAGCUUUCUGCAGAAAAUUCACAGACAAAGGUUUACAGUACCUUGGCUCUGGAAGAGGAUGUCACAAGCUUAUCUAUUUGGAUAUUUCAGGCUGCCUCCAGAUCACAGUGCAAGGCUUCAAGAAUAUUGCGAAGGCCUGCAGUGGGAUUCAACAUCUGACAAUUAAUGAAAUGCUCACUCUGACAGAUAGGUGUAUUCAAGCUUUAGCUGAAAAGUGCAAACAAAUUGUAUCUAUUGAAUUCGACGAGUCUCCACAUGUUACUGACACAGCUUUUAAAGCACUUGCUGAAUGUAAACUUGUUAAAAUGAGGAUAGAAGGGUGUAAUCGUGUUACUGACCAAAGUUUCAAAGUGAUAAACAAAUUCUGGCCCAAAAUAAAACAUAUUUGUGUGGCUGACUGCCCGAAAAUAACAGAUGUAGGUCUUAAGCUUAUUGCAGCCCUGGAAAAUAUCACUAUACUGAAUUUGUCACAUUGCAUAAGAAUCAGCGAUGCAGGAAUAAAAACAUUUGUUGACGGUCAUUCAGGCUCAAGAAUAAGGGAAUUAAUCUUAGCCAACUGUUCCUAUGUUAGUGAUAUUGCUGUUUCCAAAAUAGCUCAAAGGUGCCACAGUCUGAUCUAUCUGAAUCUCUCUCAUUGCCGUGCUGUAACUGAUUCUGGGGUUGAGGCACUAAUAAUGAUGCCUUCGUUGGCUUACAUUAAUAUUUCCGGAAUUGAUGUCACAGAUCAGGCUUUGGAAACUCUUGGCAGACUGUCAAAAUUGAAGGAGAUUAUUAUAUCGGAGUGUCAGCAUAUUUCUGAUGGAGGAAUUAAGAGAUUCUGUGUUGAUUUGAAAAGACUGGACUACAUGGACUUUUCUUUCUGCCAUCAGCUGUCCAAUCACUCAUUAAAAAAUUUAACGUUCAAUUGCCGUAAGAUUACAACUCUUAGUAUGGCUGGUUGUACCAAGAUAAGUGAUGUAGGUAUUCAAUUUGUGGCAGCGGGCUGCAGUUUUCUUCACUACCUAGAUAUCUCAGGCUGUCUAAAUAUCACUGAUAAAGGACUCAGGUUUCUGUUGAAAGGUUGUCCGCAACUCCGAAUCCUUAAGAUGCUGUACUGCAAAGGCAUUACCAGACAAGCAGUUCUAAAAUUUUGCACAAAACUGCAAAAAUACGAAUACAACGAUGAUGACCCACCACUUUGGUUUAGUUAUACCGUUAGUGAUUCACCCAGCUUGAAGAAACAUAGCAAAGGUCGGCAUAGUCCCUCGUCGCCUGAGCGCAGCAUAUCAUCACCUCCAGAGAAAAAGCUCUUAGAGAGUCCCAUGGCUUCUGCAGCAGAGUUUUCAGGAGAAAAAAUCUCAGAGGCCUCCAAACACUCCGCCCUCAAACUUCAUGUAGAAAAGAGUGCUGAACCCAUUACACCCCCCACAAUCGAGAUUUCAGGGGUAGAUGAGAAACCAAGCAAUGUGCAAACAAAUUAAAAAGCAAAUGAUAAUAAUAAUUUAAAAAAUCACUCUUCUCUUGUUAGUUGGAAUUUAGAUACUUCUUUUUAAAAAGAGAUGUAUUAAUUGGAUAGCUCUUAUAAGUCUUCCUGGCAAUAUUAUUACAUUUUUUCCAAAAUCAAUAUAGUCUAAGUUUUUCCAUUUGUUUAGUUCUUCAGAAGGAUCCUGUUUUUAUCUGCCAACAAGUAAUAUUAUUUAACAAUUACAUAGUGAUAUUUUUAUGUACGCUAAUUUGUUUCACUUCAGUUAUCCGUAACAGACAUGUAAAAUAAAUAUUUGCCAACAUUAAAA